UCGCGGCAGGUUUGUAGUAGGAAGGAGGCGGCGGCGGCGGCUGAUUUCACCUGGCAACCGUCGGUGCGAGGGGAGGAGGUUAAAAUUCCAUACAGUUCACAAAUUGCAUUUGCAGAAAAGACAGCUAUAGCCUCCCUUCAAAAAAAUGGAACAUCAAGAGAUGUCAAACACAAGCUGCUUCUAUUGAAGGAUUUUUGAAGAUGUAACUGAUUAUUACAAUACAACUGAGGAUUGUAAAAUAAUAUGUUCAAUAACUAGGACUUCAUGUAAGACAAGACAAUGUGAAAAAAAAAUCGUACGGACCCUCUGAAUUUGUCUUUCCGAAAGGCAUAUAUAUCUCAUUCAAUAGGGAGCAACAGUAAGUCUCUUAGGAGAAAUGGUAAGAUGAUUUUUAAUAUCACCGUUGAACAGGCAAAAUUUGACUGUCUUCUAAUAAACUCAGAACUGUAUAUACUGUGAUAAUAUGCCCAGCUACAAAAGCAAGGUCUAAAACCAUUGGACUGAGACUUUCAGAAGAGGUGCUGCAUUUCUAUUCGUUUGUUAGUACAACAUUUCUUCCUUUUGCUGUACUCGUGGACUUAGUCAGUUUUUUUUUAUAGAGUAUGUCAUCAUGGCUAGAUUUCGCAGAAAAAUGUGGAUCACAUUGCUGCUUUUUCUUUUAUUUGUUUUUGGUGUCAUGAUGGGCUUGAAGACCCUGAGACCUGAAGGAGCUGGGUUUGGCGAUGGUGUAGGACUGGAAUUAUUGCCACAACUUCGUCCUCGAGCUGAUGUUGGUGAGCGCAGAGCAGAUCCCUCCAAAAUUGAAAAGUCAUCUGAAAGUGGAACUCCUCGUGAUUCAAAAAUGAAUGAACGCUUUGGUGUGACGAAAAGAACACCCAUGUCUGAUGCAGACCUUGACCAUUUUCCUCCAGUGAAUUAUGAGUUGCAUGCAUUUUAUUAUUCAUGGUAUGGAAAUCAACAGUUUGAUGGUAAAUAUAUACACUGGAAUCACCCGCUGGUUCCCCACUGGGAUCCUAAAAUAGCAAGCAGUUAUCCUAAAGGAAGGCACAUUCCUCCUGAAGACAUUGGUGCCAGUUUCUAUCCUGAGCUGGGAGCUUACAGUUCUAGGGACCCUGCAGUUCUCAACGCACACAUGAAGCAACUCCGGGCAGCUGCAAUAGGUGUUUUGGCCUUGUCCUGGUAUCCACCUGGAUUGUCUGAUGAGAAUGGUGAACCCACAGAAGACCUAGUACCAGUUAUAUUGGAAGCGGCACAUAAAUAUCAAUUAAAGGUCACCUUCCACAUUGAGCCAUAUGAAGGGAGAGAAAACACUUUGUACAGUAAUUUGAAGUACAUUGUUGACAAAUACGGAUCCCAUCCUGCAUUUUACAGGUACAAGACCAGCGCAGGAAGAAACCUUCCAAUGUUCUACAUUUAUGACUCAUACUUAAUAAGCCCAGGAUCUUGGGCUAACCUUUUCUCUGUAUCUGGAUCGCACUCUCUUCGAAAUACUCAAUAUGAUGCACUAUUCAUUGCCCUAAUUGUAGAAGAAAAGCAUAAAAAUGAAAUUCUUCAGGCUGGUUUUGAUGGGAUGUAUACAUACUUUGCAACAAAUGGAUUCUCCCAUGGUUCUUCCCAUCAUAACUGGCAAGCAAUAAAAGAUUUCUGUGAUAGUAAUAACCUUAUGUUUAUCCCAAGUGUAGGACCAGGCUACGUAGACACUAGCAUAAGGGCUUGGAACAACCACAAUACUAGGAACCGAGUCAAUGGGAAGUAUUAUGAGACUGCUUUAAGUACUGCCCUUCUGGUGCGUCCAGAAAUAAUCACCAUAACUUCCUUUAAUGAGUGGCAUGAAGGAACUCAGAUUGAAAAGGCUGUGCCCAAGAAGUCAAGCCAGCUAGUUUAUCUGGACUAUCUGCCUCAUAAGCCAGAUAUCUACUUAGAGCUUACUCAUAAAUGGGCAGAAAAGUUUCGCAAAGAGAAAGAACAGUGGCUGAUGUGACUUUGAGUCUUGAGGUAGGAAAUAGAAUAAUUUUGAGGUAUGGCAUCAAACAUUACAAAAAUCUAUUUUAGCAAACAGGGCUCUAGGAGCAGAUUUUUUGUUUUUAGAAGAAUUGAGUCAACUAAAACUAAGCUCUGUGAAAUUACUGGCUACAAAAUGAGUUGCAACAUUGGGUUAGAGGACAUUAUACACUUGCAUUUGUGAAACUUUGGAUUGUUUUUUUUCCUGUUGAAACUUGCGCUAGGUACACUUUUAUGUCUGCUAGUAGCCCUCUUUUUUGUCCAAGUUACCAUUUUUCAUAUGUGGCCCUGACUUGAGAGUGUGCAAGUCAGUUCAACCAUUGGCAGUAUUAUAUAAACUCGAUUUCUAUUGUCACGUAUGCCUGUGUGUGUGGUGAUGAACAGUAACGUUGGCUGAUUGGUUGCCUCCCAAAGCCACAGGUGCUGAAGGCAAUUGUAGCACGAGUAACGCCGCAUAAUUCAAAUAUCUAAACUGAGAUCCUCCUGCAUUAUGUAUGGCCCAUUGUUGAAUCAUGGUGAAUUUACCAACUGAGCUACCAGUAACAGCUACUGAUUAAUUUAAAUACUAAAAUUUUUAAUUGGUGGUUGCUGUAAAAGCACUGAAUAUAUUUGAAUGUAUGUGGGCUUUCAGUUGCAUAACUAAUAUUGGAAAAUGCUGAGAUGUGUUUUUUGGGAGGCAGGUGAUGGGUCAAAUGAACUUUGGCGACUUCUUCCCAUCUGCUUUUUAUUAAUACGAAAACUGUGAAUGGCACAGUGUUUAUAUUGCAAUGUUCGUAUAAUUUAACAAAGUUUGUCUUGAGUUUUUGCAGCAUCCAUAAUGCAAUGAUGCACAAGAAUAGGUUAGGCUUAGGUGAAGGGCAGGGUGGAGAUGCAUCUUAGGGCUGGAUUUUUAGCCUGCGCUGGAGUAAGGGAUGAAAGCAGACAGCCACAGAAUGUUGUGCCACCAGCCCAUGACGCUCUGCUGCUUUCAAGUUGGAAGGCACAUGAUUGGCCUUCUAGCUGUGACAGCUGCUAUCCUUAACUGGGUGGACAGCCGGCCCUCUGGCCCUUACUUGGCUGCUACAAAGAAACUCGCAUUGUUUCCCGACACAGUGCGAUACCCCCAUUUGACUGAUGGUGAGAUUUGGAGCCCCGGAGGGAAAAUCUUUUCCUUAGGCAAUGGCAUCCGCACACAAGCCUGCAAUCGUCUUCACGUUUCUUGGUCCUUUUUCAAGAUUAAGAAAGUAUCAUGCUCGAGUGGUAUUAUUUACAUUUUCUUGACCUUAUAUAUAAUAUAAAAUUUUAAUUGAUAGAUUUACUAAAUCUGUAUUCCAUACUUUAACACAUAAAUUAUUUCUUGUUUUAUACCUGGUACUGCACCUGUGGAUUUCUUUAAUUGUCGACCAAAUAGUGAAUGGCUGUCAGAUUGUAAACUCAACAUUUGAGGAUGUCUUUUUGUUCAGUGACUUGAAUGGGUAAUGGCUUCUCAGAAUUGUUAAUUUUGGAGUCUGCUGAAAUGGGACAACUGUACUUGCUCAUGACUGGCCCUGCAUGAUCCCAUAAUAACCACAGUAAGGGUUCCAAAUACAUAUCUUAUGGACCAAUUAUUUGCCAAUGACACUAUAACAUUGUGCUGUUAGGACUAUUAAUUUGUGGUUUGCUCCCAAUUUUAAAUUAAAUUCAGUUGGUAAUAGGAUGCCAUAAUGGUGCAUGAGCUGAGAUGGCCCAUUAGUUAGUGGGAACCUUUUUCUUAGAGCAUGCUCAACGCUCACAUUUGAAUGAAAGCAAAAUACUGUGGAUGCUGGGAAUCGGAAAUAAAAACAUAAAAUGCUGGAAAAACUCAGUUCUGGCGGCAUCUGUGAAGAGAGAAACAGAGAGAACGUUUGAAGUACAUAUGAAGUCAUGUGGACUUGAAAUGUUAACUCUGUUUCUCUCUCCACAGAUGCUGCCAGGCCUGCUGAGCUUUUCCAUUAUUUUCCAGUAAUUUCACAUUUUGAAUAUGCACCAGUAAGUUUGUCUCUGAAGAUACAUCUGGAAUUACACUCCUGCCAUGUGUCCCAAUUGACAAGACUUCAAUUGUAUGAGAGAGGACCAGACCAGUUUUUUUUUCUUUACCAGUUUCAUUUGGAAAUCAUGUUAAGUAGACUGCAAAUAUAAUGAACCAUUUUUCUUUUGAUGAUCAGUAUGUUUAAGAUUUAAAUCUUUAAAGUCGCAGAAACCGAUCUAAUUUUGGAGAAUGCAUCCAGCAUUUUAUGAUUUGAGGAAUAUGAACCAUCUGACUGAUAUUGUAGUAAUACUGUUCUGCUUUUUGAUUUUUUUUGUCCCUACUGUUAGUAACUUGAUUUUUAGCUUUCUCCAGGGUAGCUGGGCCCUAUAUGGUCCUGUUUAGAUCUUUCCUUGUGCUUAAUAAAUCACUUCAGCAUAUUCCCAGCUUUCUCUUGGAGUUCAGGUUAAUUGAUUCCAAAUAUGAUAUAGAAAAAGUGGAAGUCAGUAAUUGUUAAAAUGAUUCACAGUUUCUGGCUACUGCCUUGAGGGUUAAUUCCAUUGGUUCACACUAUCAGUGGGCACCCUUACCUAAACACAGCAGUGUAUUAACUGUAAUGUCAUAACCAUUAUGUAGUUGCUGGAUUAGUAAUCCAAAGGCCUAAAUGAAUCAUCCAUAGAGUUCAUACCUCACCAUGGCAGAUUGAGUUUAAAAUUAGCUUAAAUACGAAAAAUAACAACUGCUGGUAUCAGUAAAACUGAUUAUGAAUCAGUUGAUUGUAGUUAAAAACCCAGUUAGUUCACACAAGUUCUUUAGGGAAGGAAACUUGACAUCCUUAUCUAGCCUCAUCCACGUGUGACUCCAGUUCCACUAAAACAUGGUUGGCUUAUAACUAACUGUGUCCUGAAGUGGCCCAGCAAGCCAGUCAAUUUUAUCAAACUGCCACAUGUCUUAGGUUCAAGAAGGAGGUCCACUAUCUCCUCAGGGAAACUGGAAAUCUACAAUAAAUGCUGUUUGCCAGCUACGAUUGCAUUCUGAGAAUUAAUUUAAAAACAAAAUUGUGCACAUGCUGAAGGACGUGCUGACAUUUCAGAUGAGGAUGAGCAUCCAUGCCAGCUGUGUGUACUCAUUAAAAUAGCCCUGUGUGCAGCUUUUAUAUCUUUUUGAACAGAUGUAAUUGUAGACUAAGUUUCUGUGUUUUGUGUGCACGUGCUUAUUUUUUGGGUGAGGGGGGAGGAUUGGAGGGGGAAAGAACUGUCUUGAAAUUUUGGCUUCCAAAACUCUUGCAUGUUUGGAGCAACUCAGGCUGGUUGUGCUGAUCCCAUCAAUACCAUGCUUAAAAUCAGCUAACUCAGUACAGACCAAUAUGGUUUGCAUCUUUGGGCCUCUUUUUCCUUCAUACCAAACUGUGGUGUAUUUAACUGAGCCAUCAGGAGUGAGCUGUUUAUAUUCCUCAAAUAGCAAAACUGAUCCUGAAUUGAAUCAUUUGUGCCUGGAAGCACCCGACUAUCCUUUAGAAUUUAUGCAGUUGUAAUACUUACAUGUGUUGACCAUAAACAUUCUUUAGUUUUGUGUAUUUGUUCAGUCGAACAGUGUAUACUGCUUUAACCACUUACAUAUCCUGACCAAAAAAAUGUGCACUGGGAAGCCAAAUGGCAUUGUAUUCCUGAAUAGCACUAAUGGCUGUUUUUUGUAGAAUAUUUGAUGAAUAUGGUGAAAACCAUAACCUGCAUGUAGCAAAGCAGUGGAGUAUUCCAAAAUGAAUACAAAAACAGACAGAACUGUUACUAGUACGGUGUUAUAAAUUAGACCAGCCUCUUCAAUUUAAAAUAUCUCUUCUAAGCUUUAGUUUUCAAUAUAUAAAUUAGAAAUUAAAUUACAGUAUUUUUCUUUUACAGUCAACAGUGUGCAAAAGCUGAAAAUGGAGAACAAAAAUUGUAAGAAAUAUAGUCUACCAAUUAAAAAAACAACAUACAAUGACCAUUUGUAAUUUGAGUUCAGCUUAUGUUGAAUUUUAACAUCGGCUCAGUAAAAACAGAGGUUGCAUUUUUAAUUCUGAUAACUUUUGUAUAAUUUUCAUUUUUGAAAAGAAUCUCAAACAAGUGCACACUUUGCAUCAACUUUUGUUUAAUUUUGGACUAUAUCUUGUACAUCAUGGUUACUACAAUAUGCUUAAUUUUGCAUUACCAUGUCACUUUGAGUUCCAAUUAGAUAUUAAAAGAUAUAUAUAUUUUUUCAUAAUUGUUUUAAGAAUGACAACCAUAUUUGGGCUUAAAUCUAUUUAAAGUGUAGUGUGUGGAAAUACUAUCUAAAGUUUCAACAGUGUGGAAGGGAAACAGAAUAAUUAUACAUCAGUAUCAGCAUACCCAAAUAACUUCAUAAACUGUCUGUAAAUACAUGUGGCUAAUCUCUGCAGCAUUAUCUGAGGCUUUCAUGAAUUUGCAUUUUCAAUAUUCCUGAAUAAAACCACAUUUCUUUGCAAUGAGGUUGAGGUGGAUAUUGGCUACAGCACUGUCUGACAUUUGGUUAAAUGUUGGUCAGGGGUUUAACUUCAGUUAUUUUCAAUAAAGAUGAAAGUGAAGAGAAUUCCAGUAUCAAGUCAGGUAAACAUCAGUGAAGAAUUACUUGAACCAAAGGGACCUGACUCUGAAGCAAAGGUUGUUUCAUCAUUCCAUCAAGUUUUCAGAGGGUAGUUAAUCUCUAUGUCAAAUUUAACGUUACAUUUUUAAUUAUAUUAGAAGGCCCAAUUAUGUGAGCACACUGUUUUGCUUGUGACUGAUAAGCUACUUGUAUUAAGUGAGACUCAAUUGACAAGUUGCAAAAUAAAGACUCUACUUUGUUUAUAAUGCAUGAACCCUCUAAACUUCAACAAAAUAAAAAUCCAUACCACUGUA